AUGCGUCGGUUUUUCGUUCUCUCUUUGCUUUCUGCGGCGCUGGACGUCGCGGCCGGUUUGACUGCGUCCAACCUCGAAAAGCAUGUUGAUGUGCUGGCACUCGACUUCAACUUCAACCCCGUCAAGGCUGCCUACUGGACUAACUACCCUCAUCACCGUCGCACUCCUUUUGCUGUCUCGCCCGAUGGAAAGACGGCCUAUCUCGCCUAUCUGGAUUCCAGUGAGACAGGAGUGCAUGUCCAGCAGCUGGAUCCUUCUACCUUCCAAGCUACCGGGACCACGGUUACUGUGGCCGGAGGGAAGGAAGCUGGUGGACUGAUUGCGCAUAAUGAUGGCUUUGCCUUGUUGACCAACGAAGCCCUGCCUUCCGGAACCAGCAAUGCGCCCCCGUCCAACACCCCCGUUCCAGUCCUCUACCGCUACACCAACGGCCAGCAGACAUGGAAGACCUGGCUGGGUGGCCCCGGAGUGCACGAGGCUGACGGCCUGUCAGCUUCUCCCGACCUCAACGGCGAUCUGGCCUACUCCGAAAGCGCCAAGAUGUACGGCGCCUAUUUUGUCGUCACUGACUACACGGGCUGGGCCCAGGGCCACUUCGGCGACAGUAUUCAGUACGUGUCGGACAACGGAACCCUCGUCACGAUCCCCGGCGCCAGCAGCUCCUGGGGCUGCAGUCACAACACCGGCAUUGCGUUCGAGGCCGCGGACGAACCACCCUUUGCCAGCAUCUGCGCCGAGGACCAAGGCGCCAUCUGGCUCAACACCAAGACGCAGGGAAUGUCCAACGACGGGGUCAAGAUCUCCAAUGAGAACACCACCAACGGAGCCUCGGGUGAGCCCAUGGGCGGUAUGUCCGGCAGCUACAGUGCUCUAGCCCGCUUCGCCGACACUGCCCGCUACAUCUUCGCCUGGGUGUCCCGGGGUGCCAUGGACGUGACGGAGAACAGCUGGAUGGGUGCCGGAUACACCCACGUGAAUAACCGGACGAACGGCCGCAACGUCGCCAUUGCGCUUUUCUCCGACAAGUACACCAAGGUCGGUGCUCAGGCGACGUCCCAGGUGGGGGCCGAAGAUGGCGACAGUCAGGUCACCUGGAUCACCAGCGGCUCGAACGACUGCUCCAACGCGCACGCGGCUACCUUUGGCGCUGACUCGGCGCUGAUCACCUGGGAGGAGAUCUCGAAUCCUACCUGUGACUACAUCGCCAUGGGCUGCCGUGGACAAUUUGCGGGCUCCUUCUUCCAGCAGGUCGACUCGAGUGGCAAGAAAGUGGGCGAAGCUCUCACCAGCACCGAUACAUACGUGGCGGGUGACAUGGUGACCAUGGCCGACGGUCGUGUCUGCUGGCCCUAUGUCAGCAUGACCUGGGAUCUGUCCCAGCCUGUCGGCUUCUCAUCCUCCACCACCAAGAAGAUGAGCUUUGCUUGUAUCUCGCUUGGCGGGGCAUCCUCGUCGUCCAGUUCGUCUUCUGCGGCAUCCUCUGCAUCUUCGGCCUCUUCCGCUUCUAAUGUAGUUACUCCUCAACCGGAGGCGUCCUCUUCAGCUUCUGCGACUGCAACCCCUGAAGCAGGAGCUUCCUCUGAAUCCGCUGCCGUUCCUUCUGGUGCUUCCUCGGCUUCUUCCGACUCCACUGUUGACACGGAGACCAAUUAUGCCAGCGAACCCGCUGCUCAGGAUGCGUCUGUGCCCGCACCUACGGAUACGCAGCCAGCGGUUGAAGCUGAAACCCCGACCCCAGCACCUACCGCGUCAUCCGGCAGGAAAGGUUCUCACGGACAUGGACACCUAAAGUACAAGCACCCCACUUCUUGCCGGGCGAAAUAA